AGAAAGUGAGCCAUUUGUAUCUGAACUUCUAUCAAGCCUUACUACAAUCGUUGGAGAUCUUGAGCCUCAUCAGAUUCACACAUUUUAUGAAACUGUUGGUACUAUGAUCCAGGCAGAAUCAGAUGCUCAGAAGAGGGGUGAAUACCUCCAGAGGUUGAUGGCUCUCCCGAAUCAGAAAUGGGGAGAAAUUAUAGGACAAGCCCGCCAUAGUGCAGAUAUCCUCAAGGACCCAGAUGUGAUACGUACUGUGCUUAAUAUCCUCCAGACAAAUACACGGGUUGCAACUUCACUUGGAACAAACUUCUUAUCUCAAAUUUCGUUGAUCUACUUGGAUAUGCUGAAUGUUUACAGAAUGUAUAGUGAACUUGUGUCAAGCAGCAUUGCUAAUGGAGGCCCAUAUGCAUCAAGAACAUCUCUUGUUAAACUUUUAAGGUCUGUUAAGAGGGAAAUCCUUAAGCUGAUAGAAACAUUUUUAGACAAAGCUGAAAACCAGCCACACAUUGGAAAACAGUUUGUUCCACCAAUGAUGGAUCAAGUACUUGGCGACUAUGCAAGAAAUGUUCCUGAUGCCAGAGAAUCAGAAGUCUUAUCACUCUUUGCAACGAUAAUAAACAAGUACAAGGUUGUAAUGCAAGAUGAAGUUCUCCUCAUAUUUGAAGCUGUUUUCCAGUGCACAUUGGAGAUGAUUACUAAAAAUUUUGAAGAUUACCCAGAGCACCGCCUCAAGUUUUUCUCGUUACUUCGUGCUAUUGCCACAUUUUGUUUCCGUGCCUUGAUACAGAAAACAGAUUUCUAG